UUACUUAAAGACGUACGUAUCUCACAGUACCAAAGAGAAACUAAAAAGAAAUGCGUUGUUGAUAUGUUUAUAAUGCAAGUCACUGCAAAUUCGUUAAGAUCUUAGAACAGUUGGAAUUGAAACACGUAUCUUGGAAAAUGUUGGGUCCCAGAAUGAGGAUCAGCCUGUUGAUCUGUGGAGUGCUGGUGAUCGUGAAAGGGCAGAAGGAAGAUGAGGAAUGGAUUGACCCCACUGACAUGCUCAACUACGACUCUUUGUCAAAAACUAUGAGAAGACCUGGAGAGCUCUCCAACCAUGAAAAAGUUCCCACUAAAAGGAAAGAAUACAUCUCGGAUCGAAACCGGCCAGCUUUUAGUCCUGUUGUUUCUGAGUGCAGCAACAAGCUGACAGUUUUAGAGAGAAAGGUUGAACUUUGCAAAAAGAAAGCUGAAGCUCCACCAGCACAAACUGUGUGUCAUCCGGUUUUCAAGAGAUACCUCAGCAAGCUCUUGAAAGACAUCCAGAAGUUAGGCUUACCAGAUGAAGUCGGUCAUGACGUGCAUUAUGAUGCCGAUGUUCUGCUAACAAGACAGGCCGUCUCAGAGAUCCGGAAGUUUCUGGGAGAUGAGACAUGGAAACCGAGUGUUGUAGAUGAAGCUCUCAGUCAAAUCUUGAUUAAUUUUAAACCCCACAACUAUGAAGCUUGGAAGUGGCACUUUGAAGACAGUUUCGGUGUGGAACUGGCAACCUUGCUUCAGUUGUUGGUAGUUUCAGCAAUAGUUGUGUUUAUAAUCUGCACUGAGCUGUGGACUCGGAUUUCCUGGAUGGUGCAGUUCCGUCGCCUGUUUAUUAUUUGCUUCAUGGUUAGCAUUGUCUGGAAUUGGCUGUAUCUAUAUAAGACUGCCUUUGCUGACCACCAGUCUAAUGUAGUGAAGAUGGAGGCUUUCAAUGAUAAAUGCAGUGGAAUCAAGAAGAUUGACUGGAUGGAUAACCUCAAGGAGUGGUAUAGAAGUACCUGGACGCUGCAAGAUGACCCCUGCAAGAAGUACUACGAGCUUGUGUUUGUAGACCCUAUCUUACUGGUCUCUCCAGUUAAGGCAAUUUCUGUGACUUUUACCAGUCUCAUCACAGAGCCAUGUAAACAUGUUGGACAAGGUGUCAGUGACUUCCUCCGAGCUCUCUUAAAGGAUCUGCCUGUAACACUUCAGAUUCCUGUUCUGAUUACUAUAGUGCUAUCUAUGCUGAUUUUUUUCUAUGGUAGUGCCCAGGCAAUCAUUCAGAACAUUAUCUCUUGGAGGCAUUUGGGGCAUCACGACCCACGCCCCCCUGCCCAGCUGCGCAAUGUCCAACAGGAUGGGAAUGCGAUCCAAGACAUGCAGGCCGGUGGUGAUGCAGUGUUCCAGGGCAAUGUACAACCUAGUAACCCUGAAGACGGUGAAAAGAACAGCGAGGAUGCUGAGAUCCAUGGGAUAGUGGACAGGACCCAGUUACCUCAUAGUAAUGUAGACAGCAGGUCUGGCAAUGCUGCUAUUAUUGAAGGAGUAGGACCCACAGGCAGAUCCAAUGAGCAGUUUGAAGAUCUGUCUGGACAGGAAGAUGAAAACACAGCAGCAGCACCAACAGACCCAGAGCAGAACAAAAGAACGGAGCUGGGAAAAAAGAGAGAAGAUAUCGCUCAAAGAAGCGCCUCCGAAGUAAAAGAUGAAAAGAAGCGUGAGGGAUCAGAGGAAGAGAGCAUUGAGCCACCGCAGAUCAAACAAAAUAGUAAUGUAAGUCUAGGGUACUUCACAGCAUAUAUACCCCACAGAAAAAUAUACAAAACCCCUGCAAUCUGUAGCCCUCAAAGAACAGAUCCAUUUGUUAUGCAAAUUCCAUCUUUGUCCUGUAUUUUGUAAUAUAAUUAGGGCUUCUGAUAUUCGGUUUUAACCGAUAAAACACCCCUGAUCAAAAAAUAAAUAA